ACCUUCACCUGCUUCGUCAGUAAAUUAGAACCAGAUCGUGAAGGCGUCCUAAAUGGACAGUUGUUGCUGGAGGAUGGAAUUCCAAGACUCUUCAAUAGAGAUCGUGUUCUCUAAACAAACGCCUUAAUGUGAGGUAAAGCACAAUUACUUUGUGGUACGUCGUCCUCGCUACCGUCCGACGGACUUUUGGUAUUCUUGUGGUAGAAGCGUUCAGGCUGUGAGGUGACUUCGAAAUAGUCUGUGUUUCGGAUUUAAUAUGACCAUGACAAGCGAAUGCAUUGGUCUGGAUCUCUCAACGCGACCGCUUAUCGCUAGUGUUGACGCCGAGGUGGACGAUGAGCAACGGGUUGAAGAGAGACGCAAGUGCAGUUACCUUAUUGACGACCUGCUCAGAACCGAUCAUCAUAGCAAUCAUCACCGAAAUAACUUCCAUCAUCAUCACGCUAGUGGACAGAAGGACCAUACCCAUAAUGGUAACAGUGACCUUAACGAAUACAGCCAGAACAGCAUCGAUCAACUUAGGACAGAGACCGAAUCUGACCUGGAAACGCGUCAACGGCGGUGUCGCACAAAUUUUAACGCAUGGCAGUUAGAAGAGUUGGAGAAGGCCUUCCAAAUAUCGCAUUAUCCUGACGUAUUUCUUCGAGAAGCUCUCGCGCUCCGCCUCGAUUUGUCUGAAUCAAGAAUACAGGUAUGGUUUCAAAAUCGUCGGGCAAAAUGGCGACGAAAGGAAAACACCAAGAAGGGUCCUGGCCGGCCUGCCCAUAACGCGCACCCACAGACGUGUUCUGGAGAGCCUAUUCCACCAGAAGAAAUCGAACGUCGUGAACGAGACAAAAAAGAGAAGAAGCUGCGAAAACAGUUAGAUCGUCAACUGAAACGACUACAGGGGGCACAAACGAAACCAAAUGCUAAUUUAGCUGCACUCGGGGAGGGCAUCGUUAACGUUCUUAGGCAAAUCUAUCUUGAAGACACCUGCAGAGGAUUGGAAAAGUUACCUGAUGGCCUUCGAAACAACCUUGAACAGCUCGGCAUUGACCUGGCAUCGCUUCAACUGCGUUUCCAAAUUGAAAGUUUCCGAACAGUCACCGCCUCUGUGCCCACGCCCUCGCCGCAGUCAGCGUGGGAAGAAGGUAGGGCCACCACAACAUCAUUCUCUAUUGAAGAUAUUCUUCGUGAACAGCCGCCCAGGUAACAGCCACUCGAAGAGGUUCGACUGAGGAACCACUGAGUUCCGGAGUUUUCUGGAACCGUCUCGAAUUAAAGCUGUUUCAAACUGAAAUCAGAGAGUGAUUCGUGCAGAAAAAAAAAAACAUUGUUUAAAUAGUUCUGACAGGACUUCAUCGGUUACUUUAUGCAGUGUGACAGAAGCUACGUUUCGUAAAGGCGUCACCACUAGUGAGAACUACUCUGUGCUUAAUUUAUGAAUGAGAAUGUUAGUAAUUAAACAGAGCUUUGUUUUGCAUUAGUAACAUAAAAAGUAACAAAAAAAAAAAACUAGAUACGAGGUGUUUGUGCACAGAGAUGUUAUUGUAGAGUCUUCCGGCCACUGGUCGCGUAUGUACUUAAGGAGUGCCCUUCCAUAAUAUAUUUCAAAUAUGGUGAUCUAGCAUCAUAUGAUAACAAAUGCGAACAACAAAUCGUGUUUAGUUUAUUAUUACAUCAUUUUAUCUAUAUACAUUAGUAUACAGAGUGAGUUUUUACUAAAACACAUGUUUUUACUUAAUGCAAGAAAACUGCGCAUGGACAAAAGGUUGACUUUGUUCCAGCAGGACAAAAUAGCUGCCUACUUAUAGCGGGCAUUCAUUCAGCUUUUGCUUUACUUUUAAGUUAAUCAGGUAAAUGAAGUGACGAUGGAUUUGUCGAGGGCGAUGUUUGAUCUCAGUGUAAAUAUGUACGUGUGUAUAGAUGGAGCAAGGCUUCGUAGACUUCGAAUGAUAAUUUCCAAAUGGUUAAAGCCAAAUGUGUGUAUCAAACAACGACAAAC